UUUUCUGCUUGUCUUUCUUUUUUUUUUUAAUUGAAGGCAAACUGCUUUGCUUUACAGUCCGUAAUUUGACAGCUGGUAGUUUUGUAGGUCGGACUUCCUUUUUACUUAUCUUCAGUUUACCAUUUCGUUUGUUGCACAAUGUCUAAAAAUCGGAUGCAGUCAGCUAUGGUGUCGGCUCCAGUGGUGACUUGUAUGAAAACGUUACUUAUGGUUUUCAACUUCAUGUUUUGGAUUACUGGCAUUACCAUUCUUGCUAUUGGGAUAUGGACAAAAGUACAGUUAUAUCUCUACAUGGAAUUGUCCACAUUGUAUUAUAAAGAAGCUCCUUAUGUUCUCAUUGGAGUUGGUGCUGUCAUUGUCCUUGUUGGAUCCAUUGGUUGUUGCUGUACUGUUAAAGGAAAUUCCUGUUUGCUUUACAUUUAUGCUGGAUUUUUGGUGGUUGUCUUCGUGGUUGAACUCAGUACUGGAAUUGCAGGCUUUAUCUUCAAGAAUAAGCUUGAAAAGGGAUUCCAAGUUGGUUUACGUACUGCUUUAGAUCACUAUGAGGACAAGGACUAUGCUCCCAGCAGUAAUGCAAUUGAUGGUUUGCAGAAGACCCUGGACUGCUGUGGUAUUAAUAGUUAUGAAGACUGGCUAAAAACAAAAUGGAGCCAAGCAAACCCUGAUACCGUGCCAAAAAGCUGCUGUCGUAACCAUGAUAAAUGUGAUAAUCGGAUACCACGUGAUAACUCGAGUGACAUAUUUCAGCAGGGUUGCUAUCGGAAAGUGGUUGAUUUCAUGAAUGGCAAUCUUGGAUUGAUUGGCGGAGUCAUUCUAGGAAUAUCCUUUUUUCAGCUCCUGGGAGCUAUCCUUGCAUGCUGUUUGGCCAAAAGCAUUAAUAAGGCCAAAUAUGAACAAGUAGCAUGAAGAAUUAAGUUGUUAUUGCUGAAAGUUGAAUAAAAUGUAAGCCACUGUAAGCUUCAUUUAUUUAGAUGGCUCUUGGAAUAACUCACACCUUUCCUAGACUGCUUCUGUAUAAGCUACCUGCUCAACCUUCUAAACCAAACCAAAGUGAAGAUCCUGUUGAAAUCUUUCCUAUUUUUCAGUCUUGUGUUUCCCUUUGUAAAUUUAGCUUUAUCUAUUACAGCAUAUUUAAUUUUACAUUAACUUUCUCAUGAUAACUAUUACUAACUUAUAUUGCUGCUUUAUUAAUGCACUGCUACUGCACACUACUUCCACUUACCCACAUAUAUAUAUAUCUAUAUCAUAUAUAUAUAUAUAUAUAUAUAUAUUAUAUAUAUAUAUAUAAACAUACUUAAUAUGGCUUAGAAAUCUUUUACUUACAUUUACAUUUGUGGACUUCUAACCUUACAUUAUUGAUAAUACUUUUGACUUUGCUGUCAUCACUUUACUCAUUAAUUCAAUUUUACUAAUUAUAUUGUAGUUGAAGGGUCUGUUUUCUGUACUACUCCUUUUUUUCAUCUUCUUACACUUCUGGUUCUAUGCUUAAGUCAAUUUGAAGUGAAUGUUAUAAGUGAUAUUGAUUCACAUUAGAUUUAUUCAUAUUAAUUUAUUAUCAAAACAUUCGUAUGCAUACAAACAAUCAUAUAAUUUAUUUAUUUACUUUGCACAUACAAUAAAUUUGUGAUUUAGCUAAAUUUUAAGCAUACACAUCAAGGUUGAAUUCAUAGCAGUCUUUUGAAGCCUCAUGAAUAUGCUGAGAAUGGCAUUAAAGAAUUCACCAGAAACUGCAGAAAUAUCACAUUGAAUAUGGUCCCUUCAUUAUUAUGAGUUAACUACUUUUUAGAUUGUAAAACAUGUGUCUAAGGACAAAACAAUCUUCAAACAACUUUAUUUAAAUAAAAUUUUCAAAGGCUGAUAUUUUCAUAAUCUACCAAGAAAAUUUACGACUACCCAAUGACAUCUACCAACAGUUAUUACAUGGUAAACCUAUUACUUACUAUAUGUCAUCUAACUGGAAUUAUUUCCUCUGAUAUAUUUCUUCUUACAUCUACAAAGUCUUCAACUGCUUCUUACUGCAAUUAAUUUACAACUAUUGUAAGUAUUCAACAAAGACAGUUUACUAAUCAAACACAUAGUUAAUAAUGGCAACAUGUUCUUCUAAUUUCACUAUCCUAAUUAAUACAUAUUUGUAUAGGUUCCAUCACAUUGGAUUCACAAAUAAUGAAUUUCACAACAAAUUAAGCAUUCUGUAGUUCUCUAUAAAAGUAGAACGCUAUAAAAGAUAACCCUAGAAUAUAUUAAAACUUUAGUUACAUCCUCUCACAUUAGUAUUUUUUUACCUAUAUACAUUCUUCAUCUAUCAUGACCAGAAUUUAUUAGAAUCUCAAUUUUCUAUAAUCUUUCUAUAGCACUAUUGCUUCAUCUAAAUAUUCUAUUUUGUUGGCAUAUCUACUUACAAAUAUUGGCAUUCCUAAAUAUUUACAUAUAUAUUUAGUGUUUAGCAAAUGCUGUUCUUUCUUUGCAUUGCAAGAGUCUACAUUUUUGAUUACCAAUACUUACGACCAUUUAGGAAUAAAUGAUUUGCUAUUUAAUUACUUAUAAUAAUUUUAAUCAUGAUAAUAGGUAAAAUAGAACCUUGUCCCACAUUGUAGACUACUUCAGUGGCUAGAAAUUUAUUAGUAAUUAGCACAUGAAAGUUUUAAAAAAUAUUAAAUAAUUUGAGACAGAAAACACAACCCCAAAUCAACCUCUGCAUCUAUUCUCUCUGCAUUUAAAAAAUUUUUCUCUGACACAUGAUUCCUCUAAUGAAUAUCACAUUGUUUUCUUCUUUAUUUAUAGUUGUGUUAUGUAUAUAUAUAUAUAUGUUACUGAUGUCCAAAUGUCAAUGGUCUUUCUCCAUAUAAACACUCAUUUCAGAAUCUCUCUCUCUCUCAUCUUUGUUGCUCAUAUUUACAUUUAAUCUUUACUUUCAUUAAUCUUUUCAGUUAAAUCAUGCAUAUAAAAAUAUAUAUUCAUGCAUGUGAGUGUGUGUAUAUAUAUAUAUAAAUAUUAACAGAUAAUGAAACCUUAAGAAUAAGGACACUAACGUAAUCUAUAUCAGAAAGAUUCACAUAUGGACAUUAAUAAUUUAUAUAUAUAUAUAUAUAUAUAUAUACACACACACACAUUUGUAUACAUAUGUGUAUAUAUACAUGUGUGUGUGUAUAUAUAGUAAUGAUGAUAUUGAGGAAGAAAAGAUGAUAAUGUGAUAUUCCUUACAUAGAAACCAUGUGUCAGAGAAAAAGAGAGAUAGAAAGGCAGUCUCUCUUAAAUUUUGUCUAAGAUUGAAUAACAUUAUAUAUUUGGUAAAUGUGGAAAAAAAAAACAAAAAAGGGUUUCCCACCUGUAACAGAUAUAAUGUUGCAGAGUUCCUUUGAUCAAUAGUCAUAUACUGCUGCCUCAGAGAGGAAAGCUCUACAUCUUGCAUAUUUAAGGAUUUCACUAGUGAAUGAUUUCACCUGUGACCUGCUCAUCUUUAUUGUUAUUUAAUUAUAUAAAUAAAUAAAUAUUAUUCUGGCUGAAAAAUAUAUUUUUUAAAUAUGAUAAUAUAGCUAAUACAUGUUUAUUUACUUUAACAUCACAACUGUGAUACUAUCCAAAAGCAAAUCCAUUUGACUUUCAUUGCUUUCAAAAUCUCUAUAAAAAAGAACAAUGUUCAAUAUAAAUAAGUUUCAAAAUCUUCUACAUCUGGGUUUAAUUAUUUUGAUUAUUUUGAGUUUUGAUGGUGAAUCAUUUUGAAUAUUUAUAAUUUUAUUUUCUAGUAAGGGGUAUUGGCACAUAUUAGCAUUAUGGGAUAUAAUAGAUAGUUUUUUUGGGGUAUUUUUUUUGCCAUUAUUUUAAACACUUUUCAAAGAUAUUCUUCAUUUAAUCUGAAAGCAGUUAACAGUUGAACUAGUAAUUUAUUAACCUGAAAUAUUAACAACCCACAUCAACUAAACUCCUUUUACUAUCAAUGAAUCAAUCUACUUAGAGACAUUAUAAUCUAACCCACAAAUGAAUCGACUCUACACUACUUUCAAGUGAAUUAAUAAUUGAUAAUAUCAGUCUAACUGCUAUUUCUAUACACCAUAUACAAAGACAAUAGUUUCACAUGUAAUAAAUAUUACAUUUAAAAAAAGAGUAAUGUUGAUGUAAUUUGGCGACUAAUUUUCUCUCACUUUAUCUUUAUACAAUUUUCUGUCAGAUUGGCAAAAAAAUUUCUGUUUAAUGAGUUGGAGUAAGUUGUUAAAUUAUGGAAUAUAUUCCUUCUAGAAUGUUCGAUACCUAUUAUAUUUUUCAAUGAACUGAAAUUAUAAAUACCAGCCAAUAAAUCAUAAAUUAUUAUUGGAGCUUUGGAUGGAGGUAUGGUUAAACUGUUUCUCAUAAGACAGCUAGUUGUCAUUUUACUUUCGUCUUUCCUUUCUCAGGCCUUAUGUCUAUAGCAGAAAGGGUUUUAUUUUCCUUUCUAGAAAAUCACAUUAAAAGAGCCUGUUACAAAGUGCCAUAUAAAUUAGAGAUUUUUUUUUUUUUUUUGGUAGGAUAAAGGUCACCAUCCCAAUAUUGGUAUGAUUUCAUUUGUGAAAAUAAAAUGUAUAUUAAAAUA